ACGCCCACUGAGAAUGCACGACUGCUUCGGCAUGACUACCCCUCUUCCAGAGAAGGACUCAGUCAGACUCAGUACCGCCAUAUCCGCCAAACUAUAAGCACCGUGACCGGUUGCUGCUUUUAAUAGUGCCUAACUCGUGUCAACGUGUGAUCGCGAGUCAUUAAUUUCUCUGGUGGUUUGUGUGCGAAAAAAAUUUUUUUUUCACAAAAAGAAAAAAUCAACAAAACUUUUGUUGAUUUUGAAGUGAUUGUUUUUGUUUUGUACCUCGAGGUCAGUGCACCAGGAUUUUAACAAGGAUUUCGUUUACCGAAUUUUUGCGGAUUUUGUGAGUGAUCUGUGUUUUUGGUUUUGUGACCUUGUUGUCGAACUGAACCCAAAAUCCAGGAUUUGUCUCCAAUAUUCCUGAAGCUUAAACUGAAUAAAAAUUUCCUCAAUUAUCCUCAAUUUUAGGAAUUCUUUCCUAACACAAAACUUUUGAGAAUCUUUUUUAUGAGCUAGUUAAGAAAGAUUAAUAAGAAAAUAAAUAAAUGCUGUAAAAAAAGGUAUCUCUUCAAAAGAGAUUUUGCACCAAACAAUCCUUAAUAAUACCCUUAUCUUCAGAAGAAUUGUCAUCUUGAUUGAUUCCCUCCUGGCUAAUUUUAAACUCCCCUAAAGAAAAAGAUAUUACGUCAAAUUAUCCCCACUUAUACAAAUUGUUCUGAAAAAUUAUUACAUCUUCAAAGAAUAUUAUCGACUGGAGAGUAACAAAAAAAUGAAAAAUUCCAUCUUCUUGGAGAUGGAACUGAAGAAGAAGAAAGUGUUCCAUUGAAAAGGGAUUAUUAACGCACAAAAAGGAUUAAAAGGUGGAUGAAGACAUUAAUUGAAGAACGGAUGGACUAUGUGUGUGUUGGGCAGAGAAAUCCGCGGGAAGAUUCCAGAGUGGAUUGGGAAGAAAGUGUUAUCUUGAUUGGAAGUGUUAUUUCAAAGAAAAGGAGAAUCUGAUAGAAGGAGUGAAGAGCGACGGUUACAGAAAUGCCUGAAAAGGAAGUGGCUUAUCAUCAGGAGGCGUUUUCUCUAUUGCCACCACCACCCCAUCACCCGCAUUCGGCUUUUCAUGCGGCAUUUCAUCCGCAUCCACAUCCCCCAGCGCCGUCGCCAUUUCAUCCGCAUCAUGGACAUGGUUCCGCCGCUGCAGCAGCGGCGGCAGCGGCUGCGGUAGCAUGGGAACAUCACGCGGCCGCAGCGGCGGCAGCUGCCGCUGUCUUUCAUGCACCACCACAUCAUCCAUUGUCCGGAAGUACCACGGCACUAGGAAGUCCUGGAGGUGGUAACGGGGGUGGUAACACUGGAGGUGGCGGAAACGGCGGAGACAGUGGCGGGCCAGGUAGUGGCGGUGGGGGUGGAGGAGGUGGUGAAGGGGCCACUGGAAAUACGACUUCGAGUGGGGAUUUCUUGCGUAGAAGUCACCCCCUAUCGGAGCACACGGCUCUCCAUCCAGCCUAUCGGCUCAACUACAUGGACCACCUUUAUCACCAGCUCCAAGCGUCCACGCACAGUCCCAACGCCUCCUUACACGGACUGGGUGGUCUGGGACCGGAAUACCUUUUGCACGCUGCUGGUCCUGGUAGCACAAUUGCUUCAUCGGAAUUUCCAUUUUCCAUUGAUGGUUCAAGACUGGGAAGUCCACGAGCAUCAGCAAUAAGGGCGAGUCGUAAAAGAGCUUUGAGUAGUUCUCCAUAUUCGGAUCGCUUCGACAUCGACAGUAUGAUUAGGAUCAGUCCAAAUAGUUUAGCGUCCAUAGUUAAUGGGUCGCGAAGUAGCAGCGCAAGCGGUAGUUAUGGACAUCUUUCAGCAGCUAUGAGUCCAGCUCUGGGAAUGCAUCCUGGAAUGACACCGCAUCUUCAACAAUUGCAAGCUCACCUGUUGCGAAGCGCUGCUGCCGCGGCUCUUUUGCCACACGCUCAUCCCUUACAACCACCCCAUCCUCCACCACCGCCACCGGCACAAGCCACUCAUCCCCAUGGGCAUUCACACCCACAUUCACAUUCCCAUCCUCAUCCCCACGUCCAUUCACAUGGUCAUUCUCAUAAUCUCAGUCCGCACACCCAGCUCUUCCCAGUGUCACCACAUUCCACGGGAACGACCGCCAUCGCAAACCACGCUGGAGGAGUACCCACCAAAAGCGAAAAUGUGGAUUCGUGUAGAAAAGCAUCAGAUGUCUCGAGUAGAUCCAUCACCGCUGAGGCUGAUACAUCGAGUCGAAGGACAUCGACAAAGGUGAAGAAAGAGCCAGCCACGACAACAACUACCACGACGACGAUACCUCCAAGUCAUCCUCAAGGUAACAGUCCAAGUGAAGACCUUCGUGAUGAACCCGGUGAUUUUAUUGAAACCAAUUGUCAUUGGAGGGAUUGUGGUCAAGAGUUUCCAUCGCAGGACGAACUAGUUAAGCACAUCAAUAACGAUCAUAUCCAUGCGAACAAAAAGAGCUUCGUUUGUGGAUGGGAAGAUUGUUCCAGGAAGGAAAAACCGUUCAAGGCUCAAUACAUGUUGGUUGUUCAUAUGAGAAGGCAUACAGGAGAAAAGCCACACAAAUGUACUUUCGAAGGCUGUUUCAAGGCGUACUCGAGGUUAGAGAACCUAAAGACGCAUUUACGAUCUCAUACCGGUGAGAAACCGUACACCUGUGAAUAUCCUCAUUGUCAGAAAGCGUUUAGCAACGCCAGCGAUAGAGCCAAACAUCAGAACAGAACACAUUCUAAUGAGAAACCGUAUGUCUGUAAGGCACCAGGUUGUUCGAAGAGAUAUACAGAUCCGUCAUCCCUGCGAAAGCACGUCAAGACAGUUCAUGGAGCAGAGUUCUAUGCGAACAAGAAGCACAAGGGCGGGAGUGGAAGUGGAUCGAGUGGUGGUGGAAGUGGUGGCGGUGGUAAUGGAGGAGGUGGUGAUGGAACUGGAAGUGAUGAACCUGGAAUGGGAGGUCAGAGCAGUCCAAGCAGAAGUGACUAUCUUCAUCCCAAGACUCCGAGUUUAUCGAGUCCGAGCAUCAAGUCUGAAAGUGAAGCCAACAGUCCUCCGAGUAUGAUGCAACAACAAGGAAGUCCUCUUCACGUAGCCACCUGCAAUGAAGACUCGAAUGGAGUAAAUAUCGGUCCAGUGUCCGCCGAUGGAGUCGUCUUUGCCGAAGAGCCGUUUAAUGAAGAACCAGAAGAUCUGGACAUCGCUGAUCUUCCAGUCGCUCUUCGGGCUAUGGUUGGCGGUCUCGAGGUUCAACAACUUCAGCCCCUUUCAAGGAACCGUUUGAAGGGAAGAUUGAGUUCGAAACCAUCAUCAAUUUCCCAGAUAUCAUCCGGAGGCAUCAGAGGAAGCCGCGGACUAAUGGAACCCCAGGGAAAUAUUGGUGACCUAAACAAGAGAAUCACUGAUCUCAAAAUGGAGGGCGCACCCAAUAGACAAACGAGUCUAUCUGACUUGCAAUUGAGACUGCAACCCCUAAGUGAGCCGCGAAGGGACAGCAACAGCACUGUCAGUACUUAUUACGGAAGCAUGAAAUCCACAGACUUCAGUAGCAGAAGAAGUAGCCAGGCUAGUGGAGUUAGUGUUAUGGGCAGAAUUGGAACCAUGGGACCUGGAAGUUUCUAUGAUCCCAUCAGUCCCGGUACUUCUAGGAGAAGUAGUCAAAUGAGCACAGCCUCCAGUCGAAUGAAUCCUGCGGUACAUCUUCAAGGACCCUACUCCACCAGCAAUUUAGUCGUCCAAACCCAGAACAUGUCACUCCAGGGUCCUCAGGGUAUUACCAGUGACUGGAUGUCAACGAGUCACUUUCAACAACCGUCAGCAGAUCGACGAAUGUCCGAACCCGCCAGGCAGUUAGGACAAAGAGUCUCGCCACCCAUGCCUCCAAGACCAAGAUCAGCCCAAUUACCAGAACUGCAUCCCAAUCAGGAAGUAAUUCUAGACGAGGUCGGCGAGGGAGAAAUGGUGGAGAAUAAACUCGUCAUGCCAGACGAAUUCCUACAGUAUCUAAAUCAAGUCCAAGCGGGUGGAAAUCAAAUCAGUUAUCGAGGAAGUCCCCUACCGAAUUGUCGUUCUCCAAUCUGUACAAACCCACUCCAUUGUCAACGACAACAACAAACUUGUAAUUACAAUCAACAGCAUCAAAUAUCCCGUUGCUACAUGUCCCAACAAUCGAAUCAACAACAAAAUUGCUCCGACUACGGAAACACCUCCUCCUACAACCAAUGUCAAAAUUCCCGCAUUGCCCAACAAUCCUAUUGUCCACCACAAAAUUUCCCCUCUCAAAAUUGUUCCUCACAAAUCGCUAGUCCAGGAUCUGUUCAAGUAAUGUCGCCAGGAUCUCAUUAUGCACCGAGCCACAUCAGCGAUCAGCCAAUUAACUCCCCAGCGGCUGGUGCUCUUCCCCCUCAACAAGCACAGCAAAAUCUUCAAAACAACACUGCUCAAUUAAGUAGAAACUGCACUCAAAACAACGAUCACGCCUUCUAUCCAGGCUACUGUCAGGGUCAAGCGAACGUCAACUGCAACAAUCAACAAAUGAACACUCAACCCUGUUCUCCAUUACACACCCAAACCCCACAAUCUUGUUCAGCGGCACAUAUGUCCAGACCAGUUGGUGGUCCACUACCUUGCCAACCUCUCUCACCCCAUUGCCCUGACCAACAACUACAAAACCAUCGACCCAUCCCUAGCAACAUGGUCCACAAUCAAUGCGCUAUGUCGCCCGCCAGUGAUCAAUGCCAUCAGCAGAUGCACAUUUCCGAACCGCACAGACAUAUUCCAAAACCACCAACAUCAGUUCAACCCAUGACAGUUGUGGAACAGUGCCAUCGAGUCGGUCCCGUCUGUUCACCAUCGGGACUCGUCAAUCAAAAACAAUCAAUGAAUCGGGAUUCAUUAAUGACGAGUGUUCAAUCGCCACAACGAAUGCAAACAUCUCCCUGUCCCCAAAUUGUCGGUAACUGUCCUCAUCCAAAUCGCUCCAAUCUUACAGUACCGGCAAUCAAUGCUCCUAAGGAAGUAAGAGGUUGCUCUGAAAAUAACUGUCAUGUUCAAUUCUGCUCUCAUGGAUGCCAUGGGCAAACUAAUGAUCCAUCGCGUUACAACUGUACAAACGGAUGUCAAUGGGAUUAUGGCGCCGAUCAGUGUUAUCACAAUCAGUCUGGAAAUACACAAGAAAUUCAAUGCAGGGAUAUCAGUCAAUCACAACAGGGAUCUCCAAUGAAACCACCGCAGGGAAUGAGACAGGAUUCAUAUCGAAGGACUCUUGAAUAUGUUCAACAAUGUAGAAAUUGGUCUGGUACUGCUCAAGUUCAUGAAGCAAGUGUCUCCAGCUCCACCCAUCCCAUGUCGUUACCGCAGCCUCUUCCAGCAAGUGCUAAUAUGAUCGUCAAUGACAUGACAUCUUCUCUCAGCUCUUUGCUCGAAGAAAAUCGUUAUUUGCAAAUGAUUCAGUAGACAAUAAUUGCUAAUCCUAGACUCUCUAAUAUAGCAAACUCAGACGUUACUGCAAAACAAAGACGUUAUUGGGGUACUAAACUACCCCAAAAUUAUUUCGUUCAAGAAACGUUUCUAUUUAUUCAAGAAAAAGUUUAAUACGAUGCAUUUUCUUCGUUUUUUGAUAUCUCGAAAAAUGUGGUAAAAAAAUUGAAAAAAGUAAAAAUGUACUAAAAAAUUUCUAAAUUGUCAAAAAAAAUACGUCAACAUAAAUCGACUUCUUUGGAACCAAAAGACCACAAUUAGGGAGUUUAGGGUUAAAGAACUCGUGUGAAAUUUGCAAACUGAAGACGUUGGUUAGAUAUUAAUUUUGAUAUCCAAAAUCCGAAAUUUUUAUAUUCCAAAAUAAAAUACAUUUUAAAUUAUAGAUUUAAUAGUAGAUAUUCUUGCUGAUCAUUUUGGAAAAUAAAUUCUCCUUUAAUUCCCAUGUGGAAUUAAAUUGCUAUCUGAUUACUUAAAAAAUUAUCAACUUUUUGGUGACAGCGGUGGGAUUAUUAUCUCUCUUACGAUUUAUCACUAAUCAAAUGGAUUAAAAGGUUAUCAAAUCAAAUGGAUAUCAAAAUAUACUAAUCAAUUUGACAAAAGUAAUCAGUUUUGCACAGUAAUUAUAAUUUUUAAAAUUUAAAUUCAAAAUCCCGGUUACUAAAUAAAUUUCUGAUAAACGAGUUAGAGAAAUAAAAUGAUCUAGAUAUUAAAAAUGAAAAAAUUUCACACGAAUUGUGGCUUCACACUGUGCCUUAAGGUUCUCACUGAACCCAAAAAACCAUCUUGCAUUUUGUAUUUUUAAAAAUUCUAAUUCAUUUUAGAAAAUUUGUGAAUUUUUUUUUGUUUAAUUUACAUUAUUCGCCCGAGUGGUAGACGCUGUGAUAGAAGAAAAUAAAAACGAAAAAAAGAUAAUAUUUUGAUAAAAUUUUUGGUCGCAUUGUAAAAACGACCGUCAGCGACAUUUAUAAAAAUGAAACCUCAAAAUACAAUUCAUGAAGGCCAAUAUUAGUUUUUAAAAGAAAAAAAGUAAAAAAUGAAUGUAGAUAGUUAGUGUGUAAGAAAAAUGCGAUAAUUAGAUGGUAUAUACUCAGAGAAUGUAUGUGUAUGUAGUUUUUAGAUUUUUAUGAAAAUGGUCAAUGAAAAAAAAGAAAAUCAAGACUUGCGCUGUGGAAAGUGCUUAGAUACUCAAUGUUAGACGUACUUUUCUGUUUUUGUUAUACAAAUGAUUUUGUACGAAUUUUAUUAUAUACGUGGCUUUUUAAUGAAUACUUUUUUUGUGAAUAAUAUACAUAUGAUUAAAGUAUACAUGUGUAUUGUUUAUGUGCCUUUAAGCACAAGAGAACAAAAAAAAACACUUUAUAUAAAAAAAGGUGAUUUGCUGCCUUAAAAUUGUUAAUUAUUUAAAAAUAAAAUAAAAACAUUUCAUAUUCCUUUA